UUGAGUCAUUGUUCAAUGUGCGCUAGCGUCAGCUAAUGUGCUAAUCAGAUGCUAGCUGAAAAUACAAAGAACUUGUAACAGCUGUCUACGUUUAAAAAAGCUAUUUUGACUUCCCAAAGAACAUUUGAACGCUUCUAAAAUCCAAAAUGAGUAAGAGAAAAGCGCCACAGGAAUCUCUAAACGAGGGAAUAACGGACUUUCUUGUCGAGCUGGCCAACUACGAGAAAAAUGUAAACAGAGCAAUACACAAGUACAAUGCAUACAGGAAAGCAGCAUCUACCAUUGCUAAGUACCCUCAGAAGAUCAAGAAUGGAGAAGAGGCAAGGAAACUGGAUGGCGUUGGAGCUAAAAUAGCAGAAAAGAUUGAUGAGUUCCUUCAAACUGGCAAACUAAGGAAACUGGAAAAGAUCCGUAAUGACGACACUAGCAGUUCCAUCAAUUUUCUCACCAGAGUUACAGGAAUUGGCCCAGCUGCUGCCAGGAAGUUUUUUGAAGAAGGAGUGAAGACGUUGGAUGAUUUAAAAAAGAUUGAGCACAAGCUUAAUCACCAUCAAAAGAUUGGCCUCAAGUACUUUGAAGAAUUUGAGAAGAGGAUCCCUAGAGCUGAAAUGGAAGAGAUGGAGGCUCUCAUUCUCAAGGAGUUGAAGAAAAUCGAUACAGAGUAUAUUGGAACAAUCUGUGGAAGCUACAGGAGAGGUGCAUCAUCAAGUGGUGACAUUGAUAUUUUGCUCACCCAUCCAGACUACACUUCUCAAACUGAGAAGCAACCUAAGCUCCUUCAUGAUGUGGUUGACCAUUUGGAGUCUAUUGGGUUUGUGACUGACACACUUUCUAAAGGAGACACCAAAUUCAUGGGAGUUUGCCAACUACAGGAGAGCGAUGAGGAGGAGGAAGCAUACCUUCACCGGCGUAUUGAUAUUAGACUGAUUCCCAAUGACCAGUACUACUGUGGAGUUCUGUAUUUCACUGGAAGUGACAUUUUCAAUAAAAACAUGAGGACUCAUGCUCUGGAGAAGGGCUUCACUCUUAAUGAAUACACCAUACGACCACUGGGUGUCACUGGCAUAGCAGGGGAGCCUCUGUUGGUGGAUAGUGAGAGAGACAUCUUUGAAUACAUCCAGUACAAAUACAAAGAGCCCAAGGACCGGAGCGAGUGAAGUGCAUAAAAUCUUACAGUUACAUCUGUAUUUAAAGUUAAAUCUGUCCUGCAAAAAACAUUUUAAGAACUGUGUGUUGCUUUUUUUACCAGUCAGCUAUGAUACUGAAAAGAAAACCACUGUGAAAGUUGUUUUGUUAUUUUUUGCUUUGGACGUCUUUUCUUUCCAUGUAAAGUUAAAGUGAUGUACAUUAAUGGUAUUUUAACUUAAGCAUGCAAACAUUUGGACAAGGGGAGGGAAAAAGGCGGGAAGAAAACUCAUUAGGUUUUGAACUCUACAAUUAUGUAUAGCUGUGAAGGUGCUUCGUCUUGAUUUUCACAGUUAUGAAUUAUGCUCAACAGUAACUUAUUAUACUAAGCUUUUACUUUUUUACUUAGAAUUUUUUUAUACAUCCAAAAGGGAUUAGAACUUAAAAGGAAACGUGUUACUGAGGAAUAAUUUUGUUCUUCCUUGAGGAUAAUGUUUUUUAACACUGCCAUAAUUAGCAGAAUACUUGUAAUUAUCCUAGUUUUAGUUUUUAAUCUGUAUUAUUUCACCCCCUGUGUGUGUGGUGUAAGUGUUGGAAUUGUUACAACGAUGCAACCUGUUUAUCAUUAAUAGGCUUGAUUUUUUGUUAAAAUGACAAAGAACACAGUGGUUGUUAAAUUUUUAAAACAAAUCCUCCAAAGUUUCCCCCAGUGAGAACUGUAUGUGAAUGUGCUGAUAUACUUGAUGACACUACUGUGUUUGUGAGAAACAACAUGCAGUAGAUUAAAGUGAAAUAUUACUUUGGUUUUAAACUUGAAUAUUAAAUCAGAACUUCAGUUUCAUGUAUGUGUAAUUGCAACUAUGCUGGAAAAUAUUUUUAAAAAUGUAGAUUUGUGGUUGCAUUGCUAACUUUGACAUGAGUAAAAUAGAUGGUUAAAAACAGAAUUUUAUUAUUUUGAAUAUGAAUUUAGGCUUGUGGAAAAUAAAGAAUGCCUCAACAGGAUGGUUUUUGCCAUAAGUCAAAUUCAAUUUUUAUUCAUGUAAAGUUUUACUAAUGUAUCCACUGUAACUAUAUGUCUUACGUCAUGUAAUGCCAAAGAUGUAGGAUGCUCUGUGGUGUUAGCUUUUCAAAACUAUAGUAUGAUGAGAAUUUACAUUGAAUCUAAACAUCAAUCCAUCUUCAUGUCCACAAUAUUCUAUUCAAAUCAAAUAUCAAAGAUGUU